GUUUAUUUUUUCAACCUGUCCACCUCCCAGAUUUUCCUUCCAUCCUCUUUCUCUCUCCUCAUUCACACAAUGACCUUUUAAUACCACGCAGAAGGAUUUUUUAGGAAAAGGAUCCUCUAGACAAAGAUCUUGCUCUUUUUUCCCCCCUCUUUGGAAUAACUUUCAACUUUGGGAUUUUUUUUUCUCUUCUUCAGACCUGAAGUUCUGAGUGACAUCCUUGAACUAAAGAGUGAAUGAGCAAAGAUCCAACAAUGCAAAUUCCAAGGAUAUGGCUUGUGAUCAUUUUUGUGAGUGGCACAAUGUGCUCGGGGGAAAGCCAAGACUCUCUGCAUGACCUGAAUGCAAUCCUAGAAAUCGCCUCUGAUGGAGCUGAGAGAGAAAUGGCCACCAGUCAUUCAACGGGGACGGAUGCAGUUGAGAGGUUUUUGGACCUGCGUGUCACUGAAGUGCAGCCCCAGCUGGAAUCAGAAAAGAAGAUGGACCAGAGGGAAGUUGCUGUGGAAAGACUAGAGGUUGGCAGAGGGAGGAGAAGUGCCUGGGGCAGGAGGAGACACGCUGAAACAGUAGAGGCCUCUGCAUAUAGAAUAGCCGGAUUAAGGCAACCCCUGAAAGGAUGGAGACAGAGUGUGAAGGGAGAGAUGGAGACCAGCCUCCUCAUGGCUACGCUGAAGGAACUCCAUGCUGAAAAGAAACGACUGAUGGACAAUGGAAAAACACAAGAUGAGGAAGAGGAGGAGGAGGACAGCGAUGAAGAGGAGGAGGAGGAUGAUGACGACGAUGAUGAUGAAGAGGUUUAAUUACAUCAUAAAUAUUUACUAUGGUAUACAUCAUUAUGUAUACUACUGUAUGUAACGAAGCAUUUGUACAUUUCAUGUCAGGAGGAAGAGGAAGAAGAAGAGGAGGAGGAAGAAGGGGAAGGGGAAGGAGAAGAAGAAGGAGAAGGGGAAGAGGAGGAAGGAGAAGAAGAGGAGGCCACAGAGCCUCCCACUAAUCAAACAGAAACACAGCACAACACAACUGAGCCUCCUGCUGAAUGCCAGACUUCAGACGGGGUAAUCAGCUGCAGGGGGGCCGGGAUGACUCAACUGCCUCGUUUCCAGAACCAGGAAGCGACGAUGCUGGACCUGGGAGAAAACAACAUCCGAAUCAUCGCUCCGCAAAGUUUGCUUGGCCUGCCGAACCUGGAAACGCUGGACCUGAGCCAGAACCAGCUGGACGAUGAGUCGUUCAGCGAAAACUCGCUGCUUAACUUGACCACUCUGAGAAAACUGAAUCUGGAUGACAACCAGAUCGCCAGGAUGCCGGCCCUGCCGCCAUCUCUGGAGGAGCUCAAGAUUAACAAGAACAAGUUGGCUGUUCUUACGGAUCACUGCUUCAAAGGUGUGGGAAACCUGCUGAAGUUGGAGCUGAGGGCGAACACCCUUUAUGAAGCCAUUGUGUCACCUGCAGCUUUCCAACCUCUGCAGAAGCUUCAGGACCUUCAGCUGGACAACAACCGCUUCCGCUCCCUCCCUCUGGGCCUUCCUUCGUCCCUUCAGGUUCUCAGAAUGAAUGAAAACCUGAUUGAAGAGGUGGCAGACGAGGCGCUGAGGGACUGCGUUCAUCUGAAAGUGCUGGACCUGAGUCACAACUAUAUCCAUGAUCACAGCGUCACCGGCAACACCUGGAGCCGUCUUAGAUCUCUGGAAGAAUUGGACCUGUCCCACAACCGCCUCACCUCUGUCCCCAUGAAUCUGCCCCGCUUCCUCCGUAAGCUGAUUCUACAGCACAACCGCAUCCGUCAAAUCCCCGCCUUCACGUUCCGUCACCUGCGUGCCAGCCUGCAGUCCCUUUAUCUGUCCCACAAUGAACUGAGCAGCGAGGGUGUAGAAAAGCAUUCCUUCGUUGGGACCUACCGCUCCAUGAGGGAGCUCCUGCUUGACAACAACAGACUGCGAGACAUCCCCAGAUGUGUCAGGCAGUUUAAGAACCUGCAGGUGCUGAGACUGGAAAACAAUCAGAUCAGGCAGGUAAGCCGGUGGGCAGUGUGCCACCCUCGUAACUCUGGCUCCACCUUGGCUUCUGUCCACCUGGAAAACAACCUCCUGGAGGAAGAGGCGAUUCCCUCGAAGGCUUUCUUCUGUGUCACUGACACACAGGGACUGGUCCUCUAUCCCCAACAGGGCAAACGCACAUGAACUGAUACGCGUGCUGUGCUGGGCAUAAGCAUGACUAACAACAAUACAGCUCUUAUCUUGAUGUCAUCUCUAUUGUCACCAUGGUAUCAGAGAAAGUUAGCAAAUAAUGGCAUUUACAAUAUAUCAUCUUAGAGAGUGAAUCAAUUUCUGUGUAGGAAAUUGCAGUACUUUGGCAUGCAGUAAGGAAAACAUGAAACCCACGUAGUAGCUGGAUUUUUACUCUUUUGGACAAUAAAUUAAAUUGGAAUUCACAGUAGCUCAAAAUCACAGGGUAACUCAGUCUUUAGCCUCAAGCUGCUUUGGGAAUUUUACCACUUAGAACGAUUAAAAUGUCUGUAGACUAAUUCUGAGGUCCUUGGAAGACGAGUCUUUAAUCAGGUAGAAUUAAACUUAGGGUGUGGCAUGGACACAGAUGCAGCCUGAAGCAAUCUAAGCUUGGGUGUCCUAAAAAAAAAAAAAAUGUCCGGUGUAACAUUUUAAGGGCUCCACUUUGAGGACAAAUCUGAACAUUGUAUCGGUGUCGUAUGUCCAAAUCAGCUCCAAACAUUCAGCAAACAAGCAAACCAAAAAAAAAAAAAAAAAAAAAAAAAAAACCCAC